AGARGUUUAUCACCCUUAACUGGAUUUUUAUCUUUGAAAAAAUCCCCCAAAUUAAAAUCCUCUUAUCUGGACUUAAGGACUAAAACUAAUCUAGUUUUUGAGCGAUAAACAAGUCGAUGAAAAACUUUUUCCCGAAAGACUUGUGUUUUUCAAUAGGCCAUCUCUUAGUGCCGGGUUCGUGUGGAGGCGUCUUAAUGGCCAUAGCUGCUCGCCAUUUUCGUGUAAACAGCCUUACCAUUUAGCGCCAUAAAAAUGGAUUUUAAACCUCUUUAAGUAUUUUUCCGAAGGAAAUAGGUGUUUUCAAGUCUUGAGGGUACAUAUUAUCCACUAAAACCAACAAGAUAAAGUGUGGAAACAUAAGAGUGACGUUGCUUAAGAAGCCAGUCGGAUCCCUUCAAAUACUGACAAAGUAUAGAGACUUAACACAGAUAAUUCAAGUGCGAGUUAAAGUCUGCUCUGAAUUCAUUUUAUUUUWAGCAAGCCGAAGGCAGAAAAACACGCGUAAGUGCAGCGUCAAGGAGAUAUCCAAAGAAACGCUUUGAACUAAAACAAUAAGAACUUCUCUCAUUGUGAGCACACUGUAGCAAGCCUUCAAGCCUUUACCAUGAAUAUAACUAGGAAUAACUCGACCAGCAACUAUCCGGCAUACUACCAAGAAGCCACGAGCGCCACAAUAGCCCGACUAACGUUCUUUACAGCCAUUGCAUUCGUUGGGGUAGUAGGAAAUGUUUUUGUCUGCAUUGUCAUWAUUUCCAAGAAACUGCGCGGACCGUCUUCGAUGCACACUUACUUAYUAAACCUCGCGAUAGCCGACAUUGGUGUCUUAGCGAUCAUAUUCCCGCUUGGUGUUCUCAAAGAACGACAUCCCGAUUAUUGGCCGUUUGGUAAAUUCGUAUGUGAGUAUCUGUUUCCCGUCAUUGAUACGUUCUUCGGUGCGUCGAUUUGGUGUAUCACCGCUAUAGCAUUACAACGAUAUCAAAAUAUAGUUAAGAAUAAAGAACUACAUCGUCCAAGCCGCUCUACUAAAACUGUUAUCUGYGGUGUURUAUCAAUCUGGGUGGUUUCGUUUCUUGUUCUUUCUCUUCCUUUACACUUUGUCUAUCAAUACCAGGAAGUGAGAGAAAGUGUUACACUCUGUGUAAUAAAUUGGCAGGAAACGUCUUUUCAAUGGUUGGAAAUGGUGUACAUCUUGGUCCGAGUSGUCUUCUCAUACCUGGUACCUUUGRCAGUCAUUUCCUGGACAUACUUGGGAAUCUGGCAGGAAAUACGCAAAAGUAUCCUCUUUCACAAACACCUGGAAAAGGAAUCGGGUUCUAAGAACAAGGAWWGUCGUCGAUCAGGUGACAAUGCGCGCGCGCGCAAGAUCCUGACGCCAAUCGUCGUGACGUUUGCACUGACCAUGCUUCCACUGCAAUUGUUUAACCUACUGUUCUUCUUCUGGCCGCCGAUGAAAACCUUUUAUCAUUUCUGGACCAUCCACUACAUUGUAGUAAUGGUAACUAUCAUGAACUCUGCCAUCAACCCUAUAAUAUACUCCGUCGUGAGCAAGGAUUUCCGAAACGCCUUCUGGCAAUUGACUUUUARAAAAGCRGCUGACAARCCYGGAGUCCAAACUGCUACGUUCUUGCUAUCGMGGUCUAGAAGYGAUAGAGGAAUGCAGGACCGACAUUCAAGUUUUAAUCAGAGCAAACAGAAACCACAGCAGCCAGCAUCGACAAAUGAGUGUCCAAAUGAAACGGACAAUCUACAAGAAACCAUUCUCUAAAAUAAUCCACCNCGUUAUAAACCUAUAGAAAGGAUCUGAAGUCGCCGGGUUGUACAAAGGGUGAAUAGCGAUAUCCACUGGAUAAAUCCUUUCGAAUAAAAAGCAUACAAAAUUUAUGGAAUGGAUAACUCUACACGGUGGGUAUCAUUGAUUGAACCUUUGUAAACCGGCCAUACGAUCUUUUAGUAAACCGGCCAAAUGAUCUUUUAGUAAACCGGCCACUAAGGAUCUUUUAGUUGUGAAAGAACGUCUGAUGCACUACGUCGAUUGAACAAGGAAAACCUGUUGAAUUUAAUGUUAAAUACUGACAAGCUUAAAGAAGAAAAAAAAAACACUUAUAUUCAAUGUUAUCGAAAUUAUGCUAACCGUCGUUUGCACUGCCGUCAAUCAAAAUGGUUAAACAGAUCAGCGUUGGCGUCAUAUCACUUGGCAGUGUCUGGACUAGUUACCUAGCAAUGCAAACGACGGUAACAUCACGAACAUAGAGUAACCAGUAUAAUCUGAAUGCCUUCAGGGUUAAAAUGAAGGUUCUUUAAGUCGUAUAGCCAUAUAAAAUUAGCCUGAGUAUCUGGCUUUCUCGAAGAAGUGUCUCGCUCCACCCCAUUCCCCUUCGAGAGGAGGCUACACUCCGACACUCAAGCUACAAAAAUUAUACACAUUUAUUAUAAUAAAGUGCAAUCGUUUGCAUUGCCAUGCGAUGAGACAAAAUUCAUUUUAGUUGAUUGACAGCAGCCAUUGUUCAUUGUAGUUUUUAAGUCUGAAUUGGUCGCGUAGCAAUGAAAAUGAUAGGCAAGAUCGGAGUUAUCUUAGUCUUAUUCUUAAUCGCCUAUUGGGAUUUUAGCGAUGGGAAGUCGCUUUGAAAAUAUUCGCAGUUGCGUGUACGAAAAUGUAAAAAGUAUUUUCAUCGAAAUGCUGUCCAAGAACACCUGCUUUUCAUGCGCGCGCCAACGAUAUUUCUGACAGCAUUGGUUAAAGAAAAUACCGAUCCGUUGAGAAUAAAUCCAUCAAAACUA